AUGACCUCUACCGAAGAGAGUGAACAGCACCAGAGCCCGCCAGAAGAGACGAGCGGACACAGCGCUGGAGGGUCGAACGAUGCGGUUCCCAGACCGAAGCGGAUAGCGUGCAUCCUAUGCAGGAAGCGGAAGCUGAGAUGCGAUGGGAACAAGCCUAGUUGCGGAACGUGUUCAAGAUUGAAUCAUCACUGCGAAUACUCAGAAGAACGGAAAAAGAGUGGGCCUAAGAGAGGUUAUGUCAAACUGCUGGAGGCUCGCCUUAAACAGGUGGAAAAUCUGCUGGAAUCGAGAGAUACAAACCCGGAAGAAACUCCCCAGGCGCCCAAGGCGUCUACGACACUUGAUGAAAACACACAUCCGUCAAUGGCCUCAAUUGAUAUACCCAACCUGGGCUUGGUCGAUACUUCAAUGUCCGGAAUGAUGGACACCAGUUUCACAGACCCGAUGGCCGGGAUCCAGGAUUUCGCCAGUAUGAAUGUAAGCGAUGACUUCUCGUGGGAGAUGAUAGGUCUUGGCCUAGAGGAGGCACUGCCAUCACGCGAAGUUAUCGAUGAACUGAACGAGAUCUACUUUGAGAAAAUCCAUCCCUCUCUACCAAUGAUUCACAAAGCCAGAUUUUUGGCAUCAAUGGAUCUCGCUCCGCACAUGCGACCGGCGGUCUGCCUGAGAUAUGCCAUGUGGACUCAUGCAUGUGGCAUCACCCCUAAGUACUCGGCAUAUACUGAACAUUUCUACGCGAGGUCUCGAAAAUACGCCGAAGCGGAUGAGAUGCGGGGCCAUGGCGAGAGCAUGAUCAGCAUUGCACAUUGCCAGGCAUGGACUUUACUAGCUUGCCACGAGUUCAAGCUCAUGUACUUCCCGAGAGCUUGGAUGAGUAUCGGGCGCGCUGCCAGGUUGGCGCUCAUGAUGGGUUUACAUCGACAAGAUCGGGUAGGUCUGGAUGUGAAACAAACUCUGCCACCUCCUCGUGAUUGGACAGACCGCGAGGAGCGACGAAGGACAUUUUGGAUGGCGUAUUGUCAGGAUCGCUAUGCCAGCAUUGGAACGGGUUGGCCUAUGGUCAUCGACGAACAAGACAUAUUGACAAACUUGCCAGCCAGUGACGAGGCAUUCAACACAUCCAAGCCAGAGACCACAUUGCAAUUGUCAGAUAUCUUGAAAGGAGAAGGUACAUCUUCGCUAUCUUCUUUUGGCGGUGUCAUUCUGCUAUCGACACUCUUCGGCCGUAACCUUACGCAUCUGCAUAGACCUGAUGAACACGAGAACGAUCACGAUCUGAACGGUGCUUUCUGGAAGCGGCAUCGGGCACUAGACAACAUCCUUCUCAAUACUUCUCUAUCACUCCCCGCCAAUCUUCGCCUUCCGGCGGGUAUCAAUGAUCCUAACACUGUCUUUGUCAAUAUGAACUUACACACUGCCACAAUAUGUCUGCACCAAGCUGCAAUAUUUAAAGCGGAUAAAAACCGCCUGCCAGCACAGAUCAGCGCCGAGUCAAAACGGCGUUGUAUAGUCGCCGCAGACCAAAUCACCAAUAUCAUGAAGAUGAUCAGCCAUCUCGAUAUGGCCUUGAUGAAUCCCUUCCUCGCCUUCUGCCUAUAUGUCGCGUCUCGGGUUUUUGUACAGUACCUAAAGGCCAGGCGAGAUGAUGCCGCAGUCAAAUCUUCUCUUCACUUCCUCCUAGCGGCCAUGCACGUCCUAAAAACUAAGAAUCCUCUGACAGAAUCAUUCUUGGUUCAGCUAGAUGUCGACCUCGAAGGUAGCGGUCUUGAUAUACCCACCAACUACUCGCGUUGGAAAUUUGGUCGCCGCCCACCCGGGGAGGUACCUGUCAACACCGACACAGUGAGGUGCUCUCCGCUAUUCGAAAUACGCCAAUCUCAAAACACAGGCGAUACCGCCCCCAAACCCACCCCCAACUCACAAUGGUCGAAUGGGGCCAACCCCAAUCUGGCAACCAUGAAUAGCUCCUACCCAAGUCUUUAUGGCAAUGACAGCUCUACCAAUACCUCAAACCUCGGUAAUAUUGGCGGAAAUUCGUCUACGGAAGGGUUUGAGAAUAUGUACGGUUUCUCUCUACAUUCUCUAGGGACCGAACAAUCGCCACAGAAUUCCAAUCAGGAAGGAUCAGGGUCACGAUCACAUUCAGGUCAUCCAACACCAUCGACAUCCUCGAAUCACAAUUCAAGCACUUCGUAUACCAGCCCUCCCACGAAUCAGACCGUGUCGAGCAAUAAUAAUAGCGGCUCACAGUCUCAACAGUCUCCAGGAGGGUUCCCAUUCGGUCCACAAGACAGCUGGAAUAUCAUUGGAUCUAGUCAGGUUGCAUCAGGUCCAUCGACAAGCCAAGCACAGAACAUCAACAUUGCCAUCAUGGGCGUGACUCCAGGCCCAACUGGAAUGACACCAAAUCCUACGGGUAUGACGCCAGGAUUGGAUUCGUUCUGGCCCCCGGAAGGCAUGACCGAUGGCAACGAGUGGAUGUUCGGAUGGUCAGGAUCACCCCCGCAACCUGGCCAAUGA